AGUCCUCGGUUCCCCUCCCUCGACAGCCUCCUCCCCUUCACUCUCCGGGUACAGAAGCGGAGGGCUGGGGCCUCUGAUUCGAGCUCUUGGGCUGCCUUUCCCCGCCCUGGGCACUGUGGUAUAGGCAGAAAAUGCUUUCACUUUCAAUUCUUUAAAAAAAAAAUGGAAGUUUUUAAACGGAAGUCGCGUUACGGUGAGGCUGAAUCAAGUUCCAGCUCAGCCCUUCCGCCUCCCCAGAAGUCCGUUUAUCCAGCUCCCAGGGGCUAGAGGUUUCAGAUCUGGAGAGGAAGAUGGUUGACAACCUUUUUGAGACCUUUAAAAAGAACAAAUUUAAGAUAAUCACAGCAAUAAAUACCCCGUCUCCUUUCUUGGAGGUACUACAACAUUACUCUUUAAUCUCUGAGCACACUUACCAUGUUGCCCUAAAGGAGUACCAAAAAUCACGCUGUAUGUACAACGUGGUAUACAACAUCCUCAUGCACCUAGAAUAUAGUUUCAGCACCAAGAUCCUUGAAGCCUUGUUCCACCCCUUCAACCUGCAGACAUAUCCACAAUUAAAGCAAAUCCAACACCACUUCAAAGAUGUGACUCCAGCUGCAUCAGCACUACAAGGCAGCAGAGGACCUCCUGUCCAGUGGGCAUCAACUGUCAGGGCUCCUCAAAAUUCUGUUCAAGUGGCUCCCAAUGGAUUAACACCACAAGUCAGCAUGGGCUUUCCUAUCCAGAAGAGCGGCCUUGAGAGGACUUUUGCUGUUAGGGCUGCUAAUUUUGCUGUCAAAGUGACUCCAGAUGCAUUAGCACCACAAAGCAGCAGCGGACCUCCUCUUCAGAGCAGCAGUUUUGAGAGGACAUCAGCCAUCAGGGCUCCUCAAAGCUCUGUCCAAGUGACUCCUGAUAGAUUAAUACCACAAGUCAUCAUGGGAUAUCCUAUCCAGAAAUGCAGCCUUGAGACAACAUAUGCUGUUAGAGCUGCUAAUUUUGCUGUCAAAGAUGCAUUAGCACCACAAGGCAGCAGCGGACCUCCUGUUCAGAGCAGCAGUUUUGAGAGGACAUCAGCCAUCAGGGCUCCUCAAAGCUCUGUCCAAGAUAGAUCACCACGAGGCAACUUGGGAUCUCCUCUUCAGAACAACAACCUUGAGUGGACAUCAGCUGUCACGGCUCCUCAAAGCUUUGUCCCAGUGAUUCCAGAUGAAUCAUCACAAGACAACUUGGAUUUUAAAAUUGAGAGCAUCACCCUGGAGUGGGCAUCAUAUAUUAUGGAUCGUCAAAGCUCUGUUCAAGCUUUGCUUUGCUGCCUAGUGACUUCAGAGGGAUCGACAACACAAAAUGGUAGUGCAGGAUCUUCGGUCCAGAGGACCAAUCUUGAGGGAGAAUCAGCUGUCAGUCCUCCUCAAGGCUCUGUGAAAGUGACUCCACAUGGAUCAACACCACAAGGCAGUAUGGACCCUCCUGUCCAGAGGAGUAACUUUGAGAGAGCAUCAGGUGUAAGGGCUCCUCAAAGCUCUGUCCCAGUGACUCCACAUGGAUCAACACCACAAGGCAGUAUGGACCCUCCUGUCCAGAGGAGUAACUUUGAGAGAGCAUCAGGUGUAAGGGCUCCUCAAAGCUCUGUCCCAGAAGCAUCAACUUUACAAGUUAGUACAGUAUCUUCUGUCCAGAGGAUCAGUCUUGAGAGAGAAUCAGCUGGCAGUCCUCCUCCAAGCUCUGUCAAAGUGACUCCACAUGGAUCAACACCACAGGGCAGUAUGGAACCUCCUGUCCAGAGAAGUAACUUUGAGAGAGCAUCAGUUGUAAAGGCUCCUCAAAGCUCUGUCUCAGUGGCUUCAGAAGCAUCAACAUCACAAAUUGGUACAGGAUCUUCUGUCCAGAGGACGAGUCUUGAGAGAGCAUCAGCUGUCAGUCCUCCUCCAAGCUCUGUCAAAGUGACUCCACAUGGAUCAACACCACAAGGCAGUAUGGACCCUCCUGUCCAGAGGAGUAACUUUGAGAGAGCAUCAGGUGUAAGGGCUCCUCAAAGCUCUGUCCCAGGGUCUCCAGAAGGAUCAACACCACAGGUCAGUGUGGGAUCUCCUAUGCAAAAAAGCUGCUUUAGGGGAGAAUCAGCUGUCACAACUCCUCAAAGUCUUGUUCAAGAUACCAGUAAUAACAACGAACCCUCAAAUGUUAGGCGAAAAAAGAAGUGGGGAGGCGUUCGGAAAGUCCUCCAGGUCAGAGUCACAGGUAAGCUGAGACAUGAGCCUGGUCUUUCCUUGUUAGCCUUGCCAGGAGCCCACAAAAGUCCAUGUGUUUCCAACCCUUUUACCAGAUUGCAGCUUAGCAUCCCAGCCUGUGAGCUCAGUGUGAGUGGGUCAGAAUCAAAAUGUUAAACAAGGCUUAGGAAAAAUCUGGACUCUGCUGGGGUCCCUUGUCAGUAGCAAUCAAGAGAUACUG